CCUGUCCGCCAGCCGCGGGUCCGCGCCAGGGAUUGGCACCGGCUUCUCCCCGACCCUUAUUUAUGAUGCUUUUUUUCUUGGGUGCUCUGCCUGUGAUGGUUUUUAGGCGGAGCCGUUUGCACCAAAAACUGUAGCAACUGCUCCCCCUUCUCUCCCCCUCCCCCCAUCCCUUCCCUUCCCCUUCCCUCCUCCCCUCCGAUACUGGAUCAACAGCAGAAGAGGGACGGGUCGGGAUCCGCGCAGAUAGACAAUGAAUAAUCGCAAGAAAUUGACUUGAAUUCCCCUGAAGCCGGCGCCGCCGCAGCUGAGGACGGCUCUCUCUUUUCUUUUUUCUUCUGUUUUCUUCUUUAAAGACAGAGGGACCACAAACAAGCAGUUUGUUUCUUGUAUCUUGUUCCUUUUACCCCCUUUUUCUUUUUCGCCUUUUGGGGGAUUUGCAAACCGAAUUACAUGCAUGUCCAGUGGGGGUAGGUUUAAUUUUGAUGAUGGAGGGUCCUACUGUGGAGGCUGGGAGGACGGCAAAGCGCACGGCCAUGGGAUCUGCACUGGCCCCAAGGGCCAAGGAGAAUACACCGGCUCCUGGAGUCACGGCUUCGAGGUGCUGGGGGUCUACACCUGGCCCAGCGGCAACACGUACCAGGGCACCUGGGCGCAGGGCAAGCGUCAUGGCAUCGGCCUGGAGAGCAAGGGGAAGUGGCUGUACAAGGGAGAGUGGACUCACGGCUUUAAGGGACGCUACGGGGUCCGGGAGUGUACCGGUAACGGAGCCAAGUACGAAGGUACCUGGAGCAACGGAUUACAGGACGGCUAUGGGACGGAGACCUACUCGGAUGGAGGGACUUACCAGGGUCAGUGGGUUGGUGGAAUGCGCCAAGGCUAUGGCGUCCGGCAGAGCGUCCCGUACGGCAUGGCUGCGGUCAUCAGGUCACCCCUGAGGACGUCCAUCAACUCGCUGAGGAGUGAGCACACCAAUGGCACAGCACUGCAUCCAGAUGCCUCACCUGCUGUGGCCGGCAGCCCUGCGGUGUCCCGGGGGGGCUUUGUCCUUGUGGCUCAUAGCGAUGCCGAGAUCCUCAAGAGCAAGAAGAAGGGGCUUUUCCGGCGGUCCCUGCUAAGUGGCUUGAAGCUGCGGAAGUCGGAAUCCAAGAGUAGCCUCGCCAGCCAGAGGAGCAAGCAGAGUUCCUUCCGCAGCGAGGCUGGAAUGAGUACGGUCAGCUCCACUGCCAGUGACAUCAACUCCACCAUCAGCCUGGGUGAGGGGGAGGCGGAGCUGUCUGUCAUUGAGGAUGACAUCGAUGCCACCACAACUGAGACCUAUGUGGGGGAGUGGAAGAAUGACAAACGGUCUGGCUUUGGGCUGAGCCAGCGCUCGGAUGGACUCAAGUACGAGGGGGAGUGGGCCAACAAUAAACGUCAUGGCUAUGGGUGCAUGACCUUCCCGGAUGGUACGAAGGAGGAAGGGAAAUAUAAACAGAAUAUUCUGGUGAGCGGGAAGCGCAAGAACCUGAUUCCAUUGAGGGCCAGCAAGAUCCGGGAGAAGGUCGACCGCGCUGUUGAGGCAGCUGAACGAGCGGCCACUAUCGCCAAGCAGAAAGCGGAGAUUGCGGCUUCCAGGACCUCCCACUCCCGGGCCAAGGCAGAGGCAGCCCUCACUGCGGCUCAGAAAGCUCAAGAAGAAGCCCGGAUGGCCAGGAUCACUGCCAAAGACUUCUCGCCUUCCUUCCAGCACAGGGAAAAUGGACUUGAAUGCCAGAGGCCAAAGCGUCAGAAUUCCAGCGACGACAUCGAGGUGAUCUCCACAGGGACCCCAUUGCAACAGGAGAGCCCUGAGCUGUACCGGAAAGGCACAACCCCUUCCGACCUCACCCCUGAUGACAGCCCCCUCCAGAGCUUCCCUGCCAGCCCCUCCAUCACGCCACCACCAGUUCCAACCUCCCGAAACAAGAGCGCCCACUUCUCCCGGCAGAUCUCUGUGGAUGAAGAGCGAGGUGGGGAGAUCCAGAUGUUGCUGGAGGGCCGGGGUGGGGACUACCUAAGACCCAACAGCUGGAGCGAGGAGAAGGUAGCGGGGUCGAGAGGGGUGCGGAGUGGUGCCCUGCGGAGCUGCCAGCCAGGGGCUGACUACCGCGGCCGCAGCUCGGGGCACAAGCACGCGUCGUCGUCAGGGAACCCUAAGCCGCGGGAGAGGUGGGCGGACUCCCCCACUCCGUUCUCGUGGACUUCGCACCACCCGUCCAACAGCCACGGCUCAGGGAAUCCCAAGCUGCUGGAGUUGGAUGAGAAGCUAAGCAACUACGAGAUGGAGAUGAAGCCCCUCAUGAGGAUGGACUCUUAUAUGCAAGAGGCGCACACCCAGAAAAGACACUACAGCAAAGCCGGGGCCUGCCGGAGCUCGGUGGACGAUCACCGCUCGGACGACCGGGCCUUCGGGGUGCAGAGACUGAGGUCCAAGGCCCAGAACAAAGAGAAUUUCAGGCCGUCGCCUUCUGCUGAACCCGCAGUGCAAAAACUGGAAAACCUACGGCUCGGGGACAAAGCCGAGCCCCGGCUGCUGCGAUGGGACUUAACCUUCUCCCCACCCCAGAAAUCCUUACCUGUUGCACUAGAAUCUGAUGAGGAAAAUGGGAAUGAGCUUAAGUCCAGUACGGGCUCAGCUCCUAUCCUGGUGGUCAUGGUGAUCUUGCUAAACAUUGGAGUCGCCAUUUUGUUCAUUAACUUUUUCAUCUAAUGAGACUGUCUUAGCAAGAAUAACCGUUCUACAUACGGAUGGGGGAAAGGAGAGGAAAACAAAACACAAAACAGAACGAAAGAGGGAACGAGCGUAACUCUGACUGUCCGACAACUUCCAAGUCUUUUCACAGAAGAACACGAUUGGGUAUCACUCACAGUCUGCCUUUUUUUCUGGGUAAUGUUUUUUGGAUUUUAGCCAAAAUUCUUUGCUUGUAUAACACUAUGCUGUGUGACGUGGCAGAAGGUGGCCAACACGCCAGCCCUCCCAGCUAGAUGCGGAAAGAGAACGGAAGGGAUCUCGGGAAAUCAAAUCACCUUUGUCAUCAUCGUCACCAUCACAAGGAAGACGAGCUGCUGCCAACAGGCAGAGGAAAGACACGGCGGCUGAAGAGCGACAUCCCAGAGGAGCAUCUCAUUUUGAGCUGGGUCAAGCGAGGAGAAGGAAGCAGCAGUCUUCAAGACACCAGCACCAGGGUUGGGAGAUGGAAAGAAAGGUAGUUCAUACUUUCUUUUCACUCUCGGCUCUGAGAUAUCCUGGUGACGAGCAUUCGUGGGUAUAGAGUGCGGGGACUGGAAGCUGACUUUUUCCAAUGGGUAGGGAAACUAGCCCUUUUUCUUGUCUUUAAAUGGGCAUACACACAUUAAGGGGGGAGGGGGGAAAUGCCUUCCCCUUUUCUACCCAUCUAAAUUUAUUAAUCGUACCAUUUUCCAACACUGCCCCGUUGGCUGUCUUUGAGAAGGCCAGAUCCCUGAUCCCCAGCUCAUACCCUGGGUUUUAACCAAACACCAGGUGUGCACGCCUAUACAUCUGGACGAGUGGUUCAUUUUCAUAUUUGGCAUCAAAUGCCCUAACCCGAGGUGUUUUCCCUUGCCUCCUUGUCACCCAUACACCAGCUCCUGAGGGAAACCAUGCUACUGGAGGUCUAGGAGUUGGAUUCAGCCAGACUGGAGGGUCUAGGAACGAAUGCAGUCAGUGUGUCUGGUACAUCUUGCCAUGGACAGUUUCCGACAUCAUGCUUGGGCUCAGAGCAUGUGGUAUUUUUGCACUUUGUAUGCAGGACGUAUAUUCAGGCUUCCAACAUGUCCCUUGUACGCCAUCAUUGGUAAUGACAGCCCCUUAAGGAUGUAUUGUUUUCUACGAUAUAUGUCACUUAAGUUCAUUGGUUUUACCAUCUUUGUAAUAAUGUCUGCCUUGAUUUCCCCACUGGUAGAUAUGCAUAAUCAUUAAGGAUGCACUAUCCCUGUUCUGAAGCUGUUUGGGUCCCAAUAACAGGAUUACAUUUUAAAACUCAGUGACUAAAAAAAAAAAAUUCCCAAGUUCAUUAAAAAAAAAUCUCUACCUCCCUCCCCCAACCCUGCCCCCCCCAAAAAAAAAAACCAGUGCAAAAACAUACAACCCGAGUGUUGUUUCAGUCAGAGCAGGAGGUACAGUGUGUUUCUGCCUACUCUGCCAUCAUGGCUUCACGAUCUAACCCAAAUCAUAGGCUAGACCGCCAUGUUUGACUGUCCCUCUCUGAUCAGCAGUCAUUAGAGAGAACACCUUGACAUGCCUGUGCGUGUAUGUAUGUGUCUAUAUUGAGUGUGGACAGAUCCAUAGAUAAACACCUCAGUUCCACAUUGGGGAAAUUCCUUUGAAAAAGGAUUCCACAUACAACGUUGUUGGGUACAGCCCAGACUUCCAGACUCUGCUUUGCUUCUCUUUAGCUGUUUUUCUGCUCUGUUUGAAGCAGAUUUCUUUAUUACACUGCACUGGACUGCUAUAUUUUUAACCAGAAAUAAACUAAAGAUUAGAGCAUGUUCCACUGAAUUUUAGUUCUUUUCCUUACACACUCACACACACACUCUCACACACACACUCACACCAUCCUUCUCAGUUUUUGUUUAGUUCAAGGGUCUUUUUGGGGGGAGAGGGUGGGAGGGGACAUAGGAGAGAGCAUCAGUAAUACAAAUACAUUUCUGACAGUUUGCUUUCUAAAGGGAUAUUACAUCUUUUGUACAUCUUAAUUUUCUGUUCCUCUUUUUUAAUAUUGAGUGGUUGCUGCAGAACCUAAAGCGAACCAAAUAAAGAUUCUUGUUAACUUGCAGCUCUGAGAAUCCUCCAUGCUGGGAAACGUGUUUUGUAAUUCUGUUUGCAACUCUUUGUAAAGAUUAGCAAGACUUCUUUUGUACAUUCCAGUAACUGCAUGCCACAAAAUGGUACCUACAAAGGCAGGUUACAUAUUUACAUGCAAACACCAUAAAAUAUUUAGAUAAUGUAUUAAAAAAAAAAAGCAACAGCACAAAAAUGCCUAUCAUUCAAUACAAGAACUAGUGGUUUCAUGCCUAGGCGCUUCACACUGGUGACUGACUGUUUUCCAUGAGCACCAUUCCUGGCUGCCAGUGAAUUAAAUUGGGGACCCCCAACGAAUGCCCCAGGGCUUUUGUUUGGGGUUGUUAUAUUCACUAGACCAAACCAUUUCUUCUCAUUCCAAAAGAGCCCACUCAAAUCAAGGCUGCUUGGGUCUGAAAGACACCUGAAGAGUAGCUUUAAUUGGUUGCCAAAACAAUGUGAUUAAAAGCGAGGAUGACGUGAUUAAUUGUUGCAGGUUGAGCACUUUAAGAAAGCACCUGCUUGUCAUACCUUGGCCAGAGCCAUUUCCCUGACAGCUACAUCACUCAUCAUUUUCUUCCACCAGUGUCUACAGGCUUGCUUUUCUUCAUCUCUUGCCCGAGUACACACAUGCUUGUCUCACUAGAGGAAGGUAAAUGAGAAUUACAGGGUGGGUGGGGCAGUAUGGAAGCACCAGCAGCUAUCUCCCAGUGGCCCAAAGCAUUUAACAGUUUUUUAAUUAAUACCCAAAGCAAUCCUGUAAGAAAGGUGCCGUUGUCCCUAUCUGCAAAUGUGAAAGCCGAGGCACAGAAAAGUGAAGGGACUUGGCUGAGAAGAUGCCAAAUCAGCUCAGAGAAGGGGAGGUAGAUGAGUCUUACUGAACCAUGCUUUGAAACCUGGUUUUCUAAACCACGUUUCAAUGUGAGUUAAAACAGAAAAAAAAAUGAUUUUUUUUGAAAGAGCAUAUAGUAAGAAACUUGGAAUAUAAGCAAUCCUAGUCUUUGUUCUGAAAACAAAGCAUUUUAUAUUGGUCAUUUUGAUUAUUUUCUGCCACUUAGCUAAACCCAACCCUCGACUAACCACAGGUUAGUCCAAAUAGAUGAAAAGAUAACUUGGGAGGCAAUAAGUCCUUGGUGAAAUCAGGUGGAGGAGGCCCUGGGAAUGGACUCACUUUUUAAAGGGAUUUCCUAUAGGAUUUAGUUGAGUUGCUUGACUUAUCUGUGCCUCGGUUUAUGGAUUUUUCUUACCUAAAACUUGAGGAUUUUCAUAAUUUGUAUUUCAGAUUUGUGCCUUUUGAAUUUGAUUUCCUGCAUAGGAAGUGUCUGAAUAGUUGAAUACCUAAAAAAUGCUCCUUAUCCAUCCUCUUGGACUCAUGUGCUGCCAACAUUAUAUGAAUGGUUUGAUGUAUGUAAAAUAAAAGAGUAUGGACAAGCAAGGCCUAGCGGCCAGACAGAAGGUCAGUGUGGCUCCCAAGAAAUGAGAGCAAACACAGCUGAGCAGAUCACUAAGGGAGAAAGAUCCCAGAAACACAAGGGCUUACUGACUGAUUUUCUAAAGUGACCCUUAUCCCUUUGAAACAAAUGCCAACAUCCUCUUUUUUUACUGUUUUUUUUUUUAGUCAAAAUCUUCCCCAGCAUGGUAUGACUGGACAUGCCAGUCUCAAGUCAAUUCACUGAGAUUUCCCAUAGCCAUCAGAAAAGAAGCAUUUCAUGAAAUCACGAGAGGAGGCCAUUAUCUCACUUCUGGACUCUACAUGUUUGGUCCUCUGGCUUGUGAUGCCAAAAGAAUUGAUGGGCCACCUAGUGUGGAAAAUGUCCAAAUAGAACUGCCAUAUUGGAUUGGUUGCAGCAAGUAGGCAGCUAUCUUGCAAGGCAUCCACAGGCUGGGAUUGUUUGCCAUUCAAUUUUGGAUAAAACAUGGAUUAACAUGUGUUAUGCCUCAACUAGAGCUUUUGUCCUUGAGAAACCAUUGUGUCAAAAUGAAAGGCAGAAAAGGAAACCUUCCGAGUCCUGAGAAUUCAUCUUCUACUUUCCAAUAAUACAAUAGCUACACCAUCUCAGGUGGCUGGCUCCUCAGAGGUGACCAUUUUGAGAUUUCACUUUAUCGUCUUUCCCCAUCUCUAAUUUCAAAUGUCUCCAUGGUACACACGUCCAGCUUGUUUCUUCUUCUUCUGCCUUUAAGCACAGAUGGAACUUAAGGUUAUCAUCCUUUGUGCAAUAAUUUGUAUUUUCUCUCCUAGGUUAAAUCCCAUUUCUCUUUUUAUAGAAUCUGCCUUCCAACCUUUAUACCUUCCUUUAGUUCAGGGAAAGUAAUUAAGGGAAAGGGGCCUCUCUAAAAUUGUGCAAAAUAUCUACUCCACUAACUUUAACCAACUACUUGAUCCAGUGGAGAAGAGAUGAAUACCAGCAUUUGCAUCGUACCAAGUUAAGAUAGGCAGGGGCUCUCAACCUUUUUGUGUGUGUCCUGGAGGCCUUGGGCACUCUGAUGAAGUCUAUAACUCUUUUAAAUGCCUCAAAUGAAACAGGGGAUUACAAAGGAAACCAAAGGUUAGUGAAAAUUCAAAUGUCUUUUCUCCCCAUCCUAGUUCACAGACUCUCCCAGAUUAAGAAGCUGAGAUAGAGUAAUUCUUAUAGUGGGUAUUCAAUAAUCACUCCUGAGGUGGGAGUGGGGGGCAGAGGCGAAUUUGCCUUUUAUUCACAUAAGAAUAAGUCAAAAAUCCAGUUAAAGGAAGGAGUAGAAGGCUGUAAAUCCGGCCUAUUCAAGAAAGAUUAGCCUGAGGUGUUAGUAAUAUUGCCUCACCUCUGGCUGUCAGUGUUACCUAGAUGUUACCCAGAAUUAAGAGUAAACAAAAUGAAUCCUUUGACAUGUAAGUCCUGAGCAGCAUUGCUAAGACUGCCUUAAAUGAUGCAAGGAGGAGGGAAAAAAAACAAACCAUGCAGUUGCCUUGACUUAAGCAAUGCCCUUGAAAAAUAUAGGGCCCCUAAGGUAUAUCUAUCUACAUGCCUGGAAAGGAUGUGGAAAUAUAUGAAAAACCUAAAGACAUAAGGGCUCAUAGAUUAUAAACCGGGACAGGCACGGCCAUCAUCCUGAUGGCAUUGUGUCCAGGAAGGAAGGGAAAGGUUCUUAUCAGUAUGAGAUGGAAGGGGUUUGAGUGAUUUGGGGCAGACUUGGCAGCUGAAAAUCUUGAGAAAAGAUGGCCAGCCAUGUUAGGGAGUUCAUUCUAUGGCUUGAUGGAGACUUUCAGGUUAAAAUUCCCUUGAUGGGUGCAUUGGCAGCAGAAGAGAUUAUCUGGCUCUGGCGUAGAUAAAUGGUCUGAUGCCUCGCCUAUGGGGAGGGACUGACGGUGUUGCAGAAUCAGGGCCCUCUUGAGAGGAGCAGAGAGUGUUUGUUUCAGUGCACAGUACCAGACUGGCAGCACCAGAGGCAUUAUUUUGUUGAGUCUUUCCUAUGCCAGUCUUUGUGGGCAGCUGGAGGAGCCUGAAAUCAGGCACAGACCCAGUACUUUGCAAGGAAAAGCGCCUUGGCCGUAGGAGUCUGCUUCACAUUGAGACCGCUGCCCUUGCUCUGUUCAAUUCAAUAUACUCCAAUCAUUUACUGAAUGACUGUUACUUGCAAAGUUCUGGCCAGAGUGUCUCAGUCCCACUAUCACGAAGGUCGAAGUAGAGAAUGGAUGCAAAUUUACAUCCCUACCUCAUUUCUUGCUAUUUUCUACUGUUGGUUGGCAAAAUGAAGAUCCUAUUCUGGAGGGAAAAAAACCCGAUAUUUUAGUGGAUUACAAAAUCAGGAUGUCCACAGUGAGAUAUGGCCAUUCCAAGAACUACCAUGAUCUCAGGCUGUACCAAAAAGCAUAUAAUCCCACUGUCUUCUGUCCUGAUCAGUCCACACCUGGAGUACUGUAUUCAAUUCUGGGUGCCAUAUUUUAAGGACAUUGAAAAGCUAGGCAAUGUUGAGGAGGGCUUAAGUUCAUGCAUACUGAACAAAAGGAUGAUGCUUGGCCAAAGAAGGAAAAAGUUAGAGGGGCAGCAACAGCUGUCUUCAGAUGGACGGCUGUCAUGUGGAAGAAAGACCGGACUGGUUUGUGAGGCUUUGGGACAAUGGAUUAUAGAUGCAGAGGCAGAUUUAGGCUAAGUGUAAAGGAAAAGCUUACAGAUAAUUAAAGCUGUUCAGUAGAUAAGGUGAAUUUCCUAACAGUUAAGACUUGUCAAAAAGGGGACAGGCCUAUCUCAGGAAGCAGAGGGUCCCCUCCAAGCAGACCUUCAGGACAGGCUGGAGGACUCUUUGUCAGGGAUAAUUUAAAAGGGUUUCUUACCCAGGUGAGAUGGUGUCAGAAAUCUCUGUGAAGGGUAGGCUAGACCUUCUUUGGAAGGGAGUAGAUUUCCCCUCCCAGGAGAUCUUCACAGGGGAGAGAUGUCCACUUCUUAGCAUGUUGUAGAGAUUACUAUUCAGGUAUGGGUUGGGCUAGAUACCCUCUGAGACCCCUUCUAACUGAUAGUCUCUGACUCAUUUCAGUAAACACUUUCAUCUCCAGUCACAUAUUCAGAAGCAGAGUAAAAUCAAUGCAUCUCCUUGACGCAAAAACUCUAAUGUCUUUUUUUGCUCCAUACAAAGGGGCUUAGUGGGACUAAACUGAGGUAGGGAUUCAUGACAUUUUCCUUCACGAGGUGAUUUUCUACUUCCCAUCCCUCCCCUGUCAAGUUUACGUGGGUCUUCCCCAGCAGCUCCUGUGUCCUCCUCCGUGAUGGCUAAGGUUUUUAAGGCAGCUAGGGGAGUCUUGAGCUGUAUGAGGGACACAGUCUCUUCCUCUAAACAGAUGCUCUCCCCCUGCCAUCCUGACAUCUUUCCUUUCUAAUAUCCCAGUAAGCCACCCACCCCCAUCUCAUUCAUAAAAAACAGCACCUGGAGCUUCCUCUUCCUUUGUAUGAAGAUAGUGCCAUACCUUGGCACCACUGAGGAUAUUCCACAACUUCCAAUCUUCACAUGAGAGAAGCUCCUGUGUCCUCUCCAUACUGGUAACAUUCAGAAAACUAAAGAUUCCUUUUAGGCAGUCAUGUCCAGCAUUCAUUGGAGUCUGAGGGAAAGCAAUUUUUCCUUCUGGAAUUCAUAAGGAUGAUUCCUAACGUAAGGAGAUGUUAUUCAGACUAUUUCUAACUUCAAUAAAUGCCCCAUGACAGAGCCCAUAUUUUGUGGCUGGAAGGUAAAUUCUCUAACCAGCCAGGAUGGCUUUUCUCAACAGUAGGGUCAGCCUCAGGGGACUGGACAGUUCAUAACCCAUAUGAAGUGACAGAAAUGUCUGACAGAGAAACAUCCGUUUAUCAUUUCUUUAGAAAGGAUGAAGGUGUCAUUGCUGCCAAAAGGCAAGCAGACAGACAUCAUCUUUUCCUACGUUUUUGCUGCAAAAAGACCUUCUCCAAAAGCCAGAGCUUCUACUGUGUUAGCAAACCCUGCUCAGCUUAUCCCUGUUUCUCUCUCCAGCUCUGGACUAUCAACUUUCUCACUUGAGACUCUCCAAAAAAAAAAGUAAGACCUGCCCACUUUAGCACUGUGACUGCCGAAAUCAGAAUAGCCGUGACCUGCACUUUCACCUACUGCUGGGUCCCCCAGGAGGAAGAGUAGGAGGGCAGGGCCCAAUGCUGCAGAUUCAAGUCAACACUUUGCCUAGUUCUACGCCUCAUGCACAUCUGCCAGUUCCUAUUCCCCAACUGCAAUUCAGCGAAGAGCAGUCCUGAGCUUUCUCUUAAUGCCCAUGGUGACAUUUCCUUAUUUCUGGUGCCUCCAUGACUUCUGAGGUUCUGACUAGCACCCUACUGGACACAAUUCAUUUAGCUGGACUCUGCGUCUUUGCAUCCUGUGCCCACCCAAAGUAGCCCGAUCUAAAAAGAAAAACCCAGUCGUCCUUUUGGAGAGCUGCAUAUGAAAACUUGAUCAUACACUAGACAUGAAACCACUAACCCUUACAUGGAUGCCUUUUUGUGACUCCUUAAGUAAACAGUCUAAAUCUGCAUUUUUCUUUUUUCUGGUUCUGUUCUUUUUUUUUUUCCUGGUGCAUGUAAACUGUUUGCUGAAUACAGUGCAAUUAUUUUGUGCAUUGACAAAAAAAAAAGGGAAUGUUGAAUAUAUUCUGAUUUUUUUCUCAUUGAUGAAGUGGCUAAAAAAAGUUACCUCGGCCUUUUUUCUUUUCUUUUAGCUGAAAGAAAAUAGCUUGGUUACUUAAAAAAAUGAUAAUAAAAUAAUUUUCUUUAAUGAAU